AUGUCCGUUGAAAGAAGGAUUUGUAAAGAAUUGCUUACAUGUGUUAAGAUGCUUUCCCAAGAUAGUAAUGUUAAUGUGCGAAAUUCGAUCGCUCAACGUCUUGGAACGAUUGCGAAUUCUUUAAGAGAUACCAGUGAAUGCAGUACUUUACUACUGCCUUGUCUCCUUGAAUUAUGUGGUGAUGAUGACAUAGGAGUACGUGAAGCUAUACUCGAUACGGUCGCAGUUUGCCUUCCUUGUUUCAGCAGGGAAAGCAAGAAAAAUGCUAUAUUUCCAUUAAUAAAAAGAUCGACGGAGCAAGCACUUCUAUUGCAAGAUGUUACACUAACUGUUGUAGCGAAAAAUCUCGGAAAGUGGUUAUUCAAUUUGAAGGACGAGGUUGAUUCUUGUGAAUAUAAAUGGUUCCUCGAUACAUACAUUAGGUUGGCAAACUUAGCGCAUAACUUUCCUUCAGCGAUUUCCAGCAGUAAAUCUACUGCAGAUAGCAAUACGAUUCAAACAGUCGCAAGGAGAAUGUGUGCUUAUAAUUUUCCAUGUUUUGUAUUGUUAUAUGAAGAGCAUUUCAAAGAACGUUUGCUUCCUCUGCUUGAAGGAUUUUGUGCUGAUCCUAAUGAGGAUAUUCGCUCAGCCAUUGCUAGUGGCUUUCAUGAGAUUGUCAAGCUCAAACCGAAUGAAGCACGUCUCAUAUCUUCAUUUAUUGAAUUGAUUCGAUGCAGUGCCAGUGAAGUUGUUGGUCAUUUAACCGGCAAUCUUGAUCAAAUUCUGCCAUCUUUAUACAAAUGUGCUAUGAAUUCAUCCAAUGGCCGCCAAGUGAAUAAGAUACAAUUGGACAGGAUCCUUAUCGGAUGCAAUCGCUUGAUACGAGGAACAAGUUUAUGGCGUGCACAUCAAUCUUACCUUUUAAAUAUUGCAGUAAUACGAAAAUUUUUACCUGCGAAUGAAAUUUUCAUCAGUUUUGUUCCAAUGCUAAAACAAGAAGUGUUGACUGGCAGAGCGAUUCCAUGUCGAGUGGCUGCAGCUUCCACAUUAUUGCUGGUAAUGCGCGAAAAUCGGGAUAAAAUAGCUCGACAAUCAGUUAGCGACUUUUUUAUUCAUUGUAAAUUACAACUUUGCAAAAUUUUGUCAAAGAUAAAGGAAAAUUUAAUUUUACCAGAUGAUGAGAUCAUUCUUCAACAAAUUGAGAAAAUCGUGCGUGAUAUGCUUUCCAACGAGCAAAAUGCUUUCACACGCCACUUAAUCCAAACGUAUGCAUAUGAAUUAUCGAGAGUAGAAACGAGAAUUGAGAAAAACCGAGCAGAUGAAGCAAAAGAAAAGGAAGAAGAAGAAUUAUGGAAGGAAAAUCCAGAGGAUAAAGAGAACAUAGUUUUACGGAAAAGCGCUUCUACAUUCAGUUCAAAUGGUGAAGGAUUCAUAACACGAAUCAUUAAUGAAUCUCAAAGAAAGUCAGAUUUAGACACUGGUGAAAAAGCAGAUAUAGGACGAUGGAGAACAAGAACUCAAGUUCCUAAAACAGCCAUCGCACGACCCCAGCCAAAGGUCACCGUCACCCAGCGGACGCCUAGCCCAAUGCCUCGCGCUGAGAAAUCUCGAAUGUCUCUUUCUAGGCAGAAAUCAAAUUUUAUGGCAAUAGCAAAUGGAUCUGCAAUAUCAACCAAGAAUAAUUCAACAACAAGUGAAAGCUCUUCCAUUUUUGGAAGGAAUGUUGUUAAAAAUGUGGAAAAUGCUGCUUCACUCAUGAAUGGUGGUUUGACUGCAGCUCACAUUAAUGGAACUGAAGUCGAAAAUAUCAAAACCAAUUGGUCGACCAGAAAGGAAGAAAUAAAUGAUGCAGCUCAAAGCAUUGUUAAAUAUCGUCCACCAACUGGUCGCGAUUCAAUAAUAAUUGGCCAAACUAGCCAUAAAACAAUACCCUUAUCAACAAAAAAAUUUGGUGCAAGGGAAUCUUAUCGUCCACAAAAAACGAAUGUAUCGGAUCCACCAUCUUCUUCAUUACUAAAAAAAUCGUCAAGUCUAUUAAAUGCUCGUUCUUUAGGCCGAUUUGGACAACCAUAUGGCUUAAUAAAAGUUCGUAGUUUUUCGAAUAUCGAAAAGCAACCUUCUCAUUUGAGCAUGAAGAUUCAUACAAUAUAUUAA